AUGUAUAAAAAUAUUAUCAGACGAAGUGCUGACGGAGUGCCGACUUCCUUAUAUCGCAAAGCAAGUGGAUUUAUUCGCUCAGGUUAUUUUAAAAUUAGUAACAGUCUUCCGUCUAUUACAGCAUUAUUAUUACUUCAAAUGCAGGUUUGUAUUACACAGUGUUUAGCCAGAUUUACUAUGGAUAGUUGUCAAACCUAUUGCAAAACAGCAAAAGAGCGGCAGCAGCAAGAACAGCAACCCGCCCGUCCUGUUCAUUCCUUAAAUCCAUUUGAGAUAACGAAAAGAAUAGUCAAAAAAUGCUUAUAUUGGCUUCUUUCAUUUGUUGUUGUCCUUGUGGAUUGUAUCGCUAAAUUUCUGAAUGUCUACCAAGAAAUGCAGGAGUUUGUCAACGGCGAACGAGUAAUUCGUCACAUUUCUAAAGAUGAACAAGAUCAUCACAAUGAUUAUCAUUCUGAUAGCAAAAAUAUCAUAAAGGAAGCUAAAAAUAAAGGCCCCUACCUCAACACUCCACUUCCUGAAGAGGUUACAAUGCGAAAAAAGGGACAUUCUCACAUAACCAUAUCGAAGCAGCAACAGCAAUAUAGCGGCCCCACUGGGCUACGCGGUUCGAAUUCGCAAGAACCACAAUAUAAUCAGCCACAUCAUCGACAUAGGUUACGCCAUAUUAUGACUCGACACAAUCUUAACAUUCGCAAUGAGAAAGAUAAUCAUUAUUACGUUACAAACAUUUUGAAAGACCGGAACGAAGAGGCAACAACAACUUCUAUAAACCAUGCAGCUAGUUGUUGUGCGGCGUGCACGGGAGCUCAGAAAAGCGAUAACGACAACCCUUAUCCAGAGGGACCUCCCACCGCACCUAUCAAAUAUCCACAGUCAGAUGAGGCUCAAGCAUCUGUAGGUCAUGUUCGAGUUGGCCUAAAAAAUGAUUAUGCUGCAUCAACGUCUAUAUCACCUUUGUCUUUUCCAUGUCCAUGCUGUAAUAAGAGUAAUAAUGAAGGCCUUGCCUCAAGAGACAAAGCAGAAACUUGCAAUUUCUGGAAAUAUAAAAAUGGCUGCUGCUGUGGUAAGAAAGACUGGUUGCGCCACUUACUAGGUCUAUUUCAGAAGAAGAAAAUCUAUAGUACUACCGCCUACUCUAGUUAG